GCUGCCGUCAUGGCGACCUCCUCCGGCAACUUGAACGCCGUGAGGGAAACGAUGGACGUGCUGAUGGAGAUCUCUCGCCUGCUCAACACCGGCCUGGACGCCGAGACGCUCUCCAUCUGCGUGCGGCUAUGCGAGCAGGGCAUCAACCCCGAGGCCUUGUCCGCCGUCAUCCGGGAGCUACGAAAGGCCUCCGAGGCUCUGAAGCUGGUUGGAGAAGACAUCACAGGAACUUGUGAACUGAACAUCUACAGUCUUCAACUGAAGCACAAACUAAACCUGUAUUUGGAACCAGGUGUUCUGACUGAGGCUUCCCAAGAGCAUGAAGCAAAUUCCAUGUCCCGGCAGAAAACCCCCUUGUUUACCUCAUGUAUAGCCUUUUAUAAUAUUCUUAAUGAGUUAAAUGACUACGCAGGACAGCGUGAAGUAGUAGCAGAAGAAUUGGGACAUAGGGUAUAUGGAGAACUGAUGAGAUAUUCCCACGAACUCAAAACAGAAAGGAAACUGGAUCAAUUUGAUAAUUUAGACAAGCACACACAGUGGGGCAUUGAUUUCCUGGAAAGAUAUGCAAAAUUUGUUAAAGAAAGGAUAGAGAUUGAACAGAAUUAUGCGAAGCAACUGAGAGAAGGUUAG